AUGACCAAAUCAUUUACAAUACGUACAUAUUUGGUUUUUGCUUAUUUCAACUCAUUUCUUUUGUUAUUGGCUAUUUUACCUAUUGGCAUUCAUAUUGGUCGUUCAGAAGAAAAACAUAAGAUCAAUGUUCAAUUCGAUGCAUUUAAUUCAAAUAAAUCUUCAAUAUAUGAAUAUAUUAAUGUGAAAUGUCCUGAAGUAAUGAUUCACUAUCCGAUAUUCGAACAAUUUCCAAAAAUUAAAUUAUGUGCAAACUAUGAUUAUUCUAUAGAAUUUGGAAAAUGUGUUGCUAUAUUAUCGGCAUUAUAUGAUAUGUUAUUACCAUUUGUACUUUACGAUCUUCCAAUAGCUCCGUUCGUAAUAAUAUGUAUCAUGUCAAUUAUAAUCUUUUCUAUAAAUUUUACAAGUGAUAUCUUAAUAAUUAUGAUAUUAGAAUUUAGUCUCAUAUUAGCUGGCUAUAUGAUCAUAUCUAUUCGAUGUAACAUACCAAAACUUGAUGAAAAUAUUGUAAAUUGUUGGUUAAAAGUGAAACGAUUGUAUGUCACUGAUACUAACGAAUCUAUUAAUGAUAAAUUUCAUAUUGUACAUGACAUAUAUAGUGAUUGUUGA